AUGGUAACCUUAACGAUUUGCAAAGAGAGGAAUGGAAUUCACCGCCCUCAGUGUGUCAUAUGCCAUGCAGUCCUCAGCAAUGAUGCCUUAAGACCUGGUCGUCUGGAGCGACAUUUGAUCACAAACCACGAAGCAUUAAAAGAAAAGCCAAAGCAGUUCUUCACAGCCAAACUUCAUGCGCUGAAUCCAACACUGGAGACAACAGCAAAGGCUAUCGAUGUUUUUUCAAAGGUUGAUGAGUUUUUCCAAGAGCAUGGUCUUUCAUGGGAACAAGUAGUCGGUGUUUGUACUGAUGGUGCCCCAGCAAUGAUUGGAUCUCGCUCUGGAUUUGUAAAGCUGGUGAAGGAAAAAAAUCCUGCUGUAACUGGGACUCAUUGUGUUAUCCACAGACAAGCAUUAGCAAGCAAAACUCUGCAAGAUCUGGGCACUGAUUACAAGACUCUCCUGUUUCACACGGAAGUCCGCUGGCUUUCCAAGGGAAACAUGCUGAGUCGUCUUUACGAGCUCAAGGAUGAAGUGGAAAUUUUCUUGCAGAGGCAGAAACAAGACAAACUGUAUGAAGCAUUCACAGAGGAAAACUUUCAGCUUUCACUAGCAUACCUUGUGGACUUUUUUGAGGCUAUCAACAACCUCAAUUUGAAGUUACAAGGAAAAAACACAAACAUCAUUGCACACUCUGAUGUAAUCAGAGCUUUCACUGAAAAAAUUCAUCUUUGGAAACGAAAAGUACAAGUUGGGAACUUUUCAACAUUCUCACAUCUCAAUGAGCUCUUAUCUGAGAAGAGAAAACUUGAGCAGUAUGACUUCACAAAAGAGGUUUUAUCUCAUCUCGAUUCCCUUGCUGAGGAAUUUAUGCGCUAUUUUCCAGAGGUCACAAUGGAUAAUUCUCUUUGGACUUUGGUGCAGAAUCCAUUUAACACUGAUGUGGAGUUGUUACUGGACUCACUGCAAGAGGAAGCCAUCGAUUUGAAAUGUGACUCGAGCGCGAAAAGGGACUUUGAAACAAUGAAGUUAGAAGAGUUUUGGUUGAAAUAUCUUCCCAUGUACCCAAAAGUAGGUGAAGAAGCACUUCGUGUGAUUCUUCCCUUUUCUUCAACUUAUCUUUGUGAAGCAGGGUUUUCGGCUCUUGUUGUCCUGAAAACAAAACAGCGGAACCGACUUGAUGUAGCAAAUGACUUGCGUUGUGCGCUGUCAUCCUUCAAACCUAGGAUUUCUGAUCUCGUGAGGAAGAAGCAACAGCAUCCAUCUCAUGAAAUUAGUUCAUAA